AUGGCACCAAGCAUUCGGGACGGCACUGGGCGCCUGCAGCAGGUGCAGCAAGACAGCAGUGUGAAGAAGCAAAGAAUUUUCAGUAACCAUCAGAGGCUUGUCCUGAUGACAGUAACCAGUGCCCCACCUUGGACUGCCUGUGUUUCUGUUGCUUCCACUACGAUGGAUUACAUGUUUAUAUGGACUCAAAUUCUGUUCAUCUACUGCUGUUUUCUGACUGUACAUUGUGCACAACCCAAUUGUACAUCUGUGACUGACUUUGAUGAUUGUCCAGGGAAUAUAAGCGAUUUCUGUCCGAAGAAUAUUGUUUGUGCAUGCAAAGAUGGAGAGCCUUUUUGCAAAUGUCCAAAUUUCAGAGGUCAGUGGGGAAAUUAUUGGUAUAUGGGAGCCAAAUGUGACCAACUCUGGAGUACUCUGGACCUGAUUUUAGUAGCAACAUUGCCUGGAAUAGGUCUGGCUUUAAUAGUUGGUGUAACAAUCCAGACUGUCCACUACUGUAAAAAGAAGUCAAAGAAGAAUAUAAAUGAUGACCGAGAACAAAGGAAUUCAUCAGGAUUCCAACCUCAGCAUAAUUAUGCCUAUGCUUUUGAUACGGCUAUGAAAUGUUCUCAACCUAAUCAAGGCCAGGUAAACACCAAAACUCACUUGUCAGGAACAGCUCUACAUACAAAGAAAGGUCUGGAUGACAUAAUAGACCACAAGUAUCAGAAACAGCAGUAA